AUGUCAAGUUUAGCACAACAACUGACUGCCAAAAAAGGAACUCUGCGUCACACUCAGACACAAGUAACUACUCCUGAUGGUCAGUCCAAACUUGAAGAUAUGUGUCCUGAUGGAUCUCGCACAGUAUUGGCCCUACCUUCUACUAGUCCUGGCUUUGUGGUCGAUACUAAACCUGAUCUUCGCUUUACCCAUAUUCUUAACAAGGUCAUCUUGGGAUCCCAAGAUGUUGCUCAUGAUCUUGACAUUCUCACAAUGAAUAAAGUUACACACAUAUUGAAUGUUGCCACUGGGGUAAUUAAUCUCUUUGAGGGCUGGUUUACAUAUAAAACCAAGGAAGCAUUUGAUGUGCCAGGAUGCCGGAUAAUUGAUAUUUUUGAUGAGUGUUGUGACUUCAUUCACACUGCAGUUGUCUCAGGUGGAUGUGUCCUGGUUCACUGUAAUGCUGGAGUUUCACGCUCGGCUUCGAUUGUUAUAGCUUAUUUAAUGAGACACUAUAGUAUGAGUUUUGAUGAAGCCUUUAGGUUUGUAAAAUCAAAGAGAUCAUUUAUCAGGCCUAAUCCAGGCUUUCUCGAGCAGCUAAAAGAAUACGAGACAAAAUUGGCUUUGUUGUAAUCAUAUACUGUAUAUACAUAUACGUACAUAUAAAUACACAUAUACAAGUUCAAUAAUUACUAAUAACUUUAGCACAUUUUUCAUUAAUAAAAAGUAUUCAGAUUAUGGAUAAUUUACAUUUAUAUUACAAUUAACCCCAAAAAUAAAGUUAUUAAAUGGAUAAUUAAUAAACAAUUUGUAAUUAUCAUUAUUUUAUAUGAUGAAAGUGAAUGUUCUGAAUGUAAUGCAAUUCUAAAUUACUUUAUAGAGAUAUACUGGAUUAGGAAACUUGUAAAAUAUACUUGGUCAUGUAAUCAGGAAAAGGUUAACAGCACUGUAUUUCUGGGUAACUGUUAAGACGUGGCUUAAAAAAACGUUUUUGGAUGUUUAAUGCAUUUGUGUCAUGCAUACGUAGUAUCUUGACUACUUUACAGGCGAGGUUAACCCUUUCAGUGUCGAUCCCAUAAUAUUACGGCUCGAGAGCCGUAAUAAUACUACUACAAACUUCUAGCUCCUUCAUGUCUGGUGGAAGAAAGCUGGUAGGUCUACAUAUGAAAGAUAUAUUACAGAAAUGGAGAUGAUUUUGAUUGGUUUCACAAUGAAAAGCACCUUGAAAUUGAGCUCAAAGUAGCGGAAAUGUUCGAUUUUUGCUGAUGUUCAAGAGUAAACAAAUUGCACCACACGUCCAAUACAUGUCAACUGGUGGGUGUAACAUGCUUUAAUGAAUGUGCUGAUAUUAUAUAUGCCAUUUUUAAAAUAAUGCAGUAGUCUACAUAACAGUAAAUCAUCUAUUUUUUGUGAGAAUAAAAAUUCAAAAUGGAAAGCAAGAGCAAUAUAAGAGGGGCCUAGAGAUGUGACUAAUGAACAGAGAAAAUGUUAUUUUAGUGCCAGGAAUGUCUGCCUUGUUUAUUCUGGACCCUAUUUUGAAAUUGGCAUCUUUUGAAAUUUGUGUGAAAUUGGCCAAAUUGCCAAUUUCUGACCACUUUAUUGGGUAGUUGAGAUUGGUAAAUGGGCAGUUUCUUGUAGUCACUCGAUAGAACAAAUGGAGUUCUAGCAAAAUAACUAUGAUUUUAGUCGACUGGAACAAUGGAAUUGGCUGAAAAUAGGGCUCAAUUUGGGCAAAAUCGCCAAUGCGUAAAUAUCAUCGAGAUCACUAACUUCGCGAGAGUGUAAUUUUGUAAGUUAUCCAUCAAAUUUCGUACUUUUGGUGUCACUACCAUUGGGAAAAGAUUCUCUAUCAUAAGGAAUUUUUUUUUUUUUUUUUUUUUUUUUUUUUUUGAAAAACUUAAGACACAGUGAGUUAACCCCUUGACUGUUGCAACCCCAAAUCCUGAGGUGUCUCCUGGUGUCACAAAAUUUAAACAAAAAAAACAAAAAAAAUUUUCUUAUGAAAUGAUAAAGAAGCUUUUCCCGAUUGUAAUGACACCAAAAGAACGAAAUUUGAGGGAAAACUGAUGGAAUUACGCUCUUGCGAAGUUAGCAGCCUCGGCGAUAUUUAUGAAUGGGCGAUUUCACCCAAUUUGAGCCCUAUUUUUGGCUAAUUCCAUUAUUCCAGUCGACCAAAGUCAUAGCUAUUUCUUUAGAACUCCAUUUUUUCUAUCGAUUGAAUACAAGAAACUGCCCAUUUACGGAUUUCAACUACCCAAUAACGUGGUCAGAAAUUUGCAAUUUGGCCAAUUUUGUGAAAAUUAAAAAAAUAUGACAAUUUCAAAAUAGGGUCCAGAAUGAACAAUGCAGACAUUCCUGGCUCUAAAAUAACAUUUUCUUUGUUCAUCAGUUAUGUCUCCAGGCCCCUCUGAUAUUACUCUUGCUUUCUAUUUUGAAUUUUUAUUCAAACAAAAAAUAGAAGAUUUACUGUUAUGCAGACUACUGCAAUAUUGUAAUAAUUGUAUAAAUAAUGUCAACCCAUUCAUGACUGCAUUUUAGAAUGGCUACUUGGACAUUUAUUGGAAAAUGACAUCAUUUGUUUACUUUUGAACAUCAGCAGAACUCAAACAUUUUCCCUACUUUGAGCUUUAUUUCAAGGUUAUUUUCAUAGUAAAACCAAUCAAAAUCACCUCUAUUUCUAUAAUAUGUUUUCCAUUCUAUAAAAUGAGACCAAGAAAACGAGAAUACAACCAUAAAUUCUAUACGAAAAUAGACCACAAAAUUGGCGUUUUAAUUAAAAAAAGUCGGAGUUUUUUUUCUCAUUAUGCACUGCGUGCUGCAGGAUUUUUUUUAUAUGGUGCACACUGACCACACAGACCCAUUCUCUCACAUGUGGGCCUACCAGCUUUCUCCUGCUUGAUUUGAAGCCGCUAGAACUUAUGAGAAUAUAUACAUCAAAAACGGUAGCUCGUAAGACGUAUAUAUACGACCAAAACAGUCAAAGGGUUAAAGAUCAGGGGGUCCCGAACUGAAAGGGUCAAAGCCACCAUUGAAUGAUCUUGGCUAUAAUAUAGCUGGGGAAUUUGUAAUUUCCACAUCAGCUACAAUUAUCUUUUUUUUUUUAUUUGGAUGACAGUUGUCCUUUAAUCUUACCAUUGAGCAUAAAUAAUGUAUGUGUUGCAACCUUCAUACGAUAUUUUUGAGGGAAAAUAUCAUAUCUUUUUUUUUUUUUUUUUUUUUUUUUUGUAUCUCUGCAGUGUUUCCACCCUGUAUACAGCUAUAAUAUACAGUAUAGUACUAUAUCAAAUGACAAGGCUUUCUGUGUUGCAGUACCAAUUUAAUAAAAAUAAUUGCAUGGGGAAGUAGAACAGAAUUCUUCCUCCGUAAGCCAUGCGUGUCGUAAGAGGCGACUAAAAUGCCAGGAGCAAGGGGCUAGUAACCCCUUCUCCUGUAUAUAUUACUAAAUUUUAAAGGAGAAACUUUCAUUUUUCUUUUUGGGCCACCCCACCUCAGUGGGAUACGGCUGGUACGUUGAAAGAAAAAGAAAAGUAUUAAAAACUUGCAUACAAUACUUUUAUCAUCCAUGUUGCUUCACUUAGCUUGAUUAACAUUAAAGUUGUGUAUGUGUUGGGAAACAUGCAUUAUAUGACAAUACAGAAUUAUGAAAUUAAAUAAUUUGAAAAUAUAAUUACAGUACAGCCUCUCCUCACUUAGCGACAUACUCGUUUACCGAUGACUCAGACUUAUAAUGGACUCUCUGACCAAUAGGCAUACCUAAAUAGUGUAUCUUAGAGCUGAUUUCAUGUAUUCUGUUUAUUACAAUAUACAGUACACUACUGUAUAAACAUUUAAAAAUAUACCACAAAUGUUAUAAAUGAUGCAAAAGUGACAUUAAAACAAUAUCAAAGAUGGUUGAAACAAACCCUCUACCAUUAUAGUAUGCUCCUCACUUAGUGAUGAAUUCGUUUACCGAUGUGGUCUUAGGAACGGAACUCUGUCAUUAAGUGAGGAGAGGCUGUAUUGCACCUAUAAAUAAAUUGUGCACAAAUAAAGCACAGUUUAUAUAUUGCCGUCAUUUGCAGAAAACAAUCUUUAGUAACAGUAACAGCUUCUUUAACUUAUGGAAACUACAAAAAGUUAGUACAAUAUGUUCAUUCUAUAAUACUCUGUAUGGUACAAUGAUUUUUUAUCUUAGGACUACUUAAUUCAUACUGGGGCUGUUGGAAUUGUAGAUACUGUAAUAGGAAUUUCACUCUGAAAAUGCAUACAAAUUUAAAGAAAUAUAAUAGCAGUUGUAAGAAUAAGAUUGGUUUAAGAACUUAUGGCAGUCAUUACCACUGCAUGCCUGAGAAGUGGAUCAGGAGCUGCAAACAUCACAGUAGCAAAUAGCAUUGCAGAAAGAAAUACAAAACCUGAUUGUUCAUCUACAUACUGUACCAGGACCAGGGUCAUGGAAACAACCAAGUACUGUACCCCUUGGGCAGUGCAUGAGGGAAAAUGUUAUUACAGCAGUGCUCAAUGAGUUUUAACUAUUUUGGUGAAGACAGUAUGAUAAUCAUAAUGCAGAUACACAGCAGAAAAAAAAACCUACUAAUUAGAGGAAAAGCUUGUUGUAAACAAAAAUAUAAUUAAACUGCUAGAAAUGUAUAUGUAUAUGAAUAAAGAUUACAAUUCAGAGUACAAAUAAAAGAGAACAGGUGAUAUAAUAGUAACAAUAAACUGUUCUUUCAGCAUUUUAUGUACAAAUAUUUUUGUUAAGUUGUAUUUUUUGUCGUUGUGUAUCAAACCUUUUAUGUCAUUUGUUAUUAGGUAAUUUAUGUUUGAGCUUCAUAACCCUUAAAGGUGAAUUUUUUGUUUACUGUAUUAUAAUUUAAAAAAUGUGGCUAAAUGUGACAUACAUUUUAUUUAUGCAUUUACAGUAUCUAUCAGCAGUGAAAUAUAUUAAAGAGUAGGUCGUUCCAUGCAAAGUUGCUUCAUGCAAUAUCUCUUCCAAACAUAAUUAUUACUGAGCUAGAAAAAAAAAUCAAUUUAACUUACUAAUGUACAUAUGCUGACAAGUCUUCCUGUUAUUAUUUCCUGUUUCUAGUAUGUAAAUUCAUUUUAUCAACGUGUGCACUGCUUUUUAAUUUUUACUCGCUCAGUUUCUCUAAUUGUCAUACUCUUCAAAGGGUGUCUUGAUGCUGGUGAUGGACUCUUCAUCCAAGGAAUUGGAGCUGCCAUUCCUUUAGAUCAAACCUGAUUACCUCCUAUUCUCCCUAUGCUGUAUAACCCCAAUGGGUUUAGCUCUUUCCAAGGUAUAUAACAAUUCAGUUGUCAGUGGAUAGCUGUUACUUUCACUUUGUAGAAAGCAUAGUUUUUACAUUUACUAGCUACAUUAUAUCUGCUCAUUAUUCAUUCCGUCCAUUCAGUAAGCUUGCAAUCUUUUAUCAGGGGAUUAAUUGCAGUCAUGUUGCAGGUGAUCCUACUUGCCUUAGCCUGAGCUCUGCAGCAGUUACAGGCUGUACUAGUCCUUCCAGCCAUUUGUAUUACACCUUGGUAUUUGGCUCUUUGAAUGUUUCGAAGAAAAAAUACAAUCAGCUUGGCAUUUUAUGGCUCAAAUAAUGUAAGCAAUGUCAUGAUUUAUAAAAAUUGUAGAACAAAUCUCAAUGUAUAAUUCAGGUGUUGCCAAUACUGCUACACAAAUAUUUUGUUUUAAAAGUUUCCUCUUUAAUAAAAGGAUUGAAUAUUUUAA